AUGACAAUCUACGAAUCUGUUGCGGACAGGCUGCUCGUGGCGCACCUGUGUCAGGCCGUCCAGCCGGCUCACCCCAACUCCCGCGGCCAGCUCGGCGCGGGGCAGCUGCUCAAGUGGAUGGACGCCACCGCCUGCCUGGCGGCUGAGAAACUUGCUGGGAUUUCCUGUGUUACAGCCUCAGUGGAUGACAUACAAUUUGAGGAGACAGCUAGAGUUGGACAAGUUAUAACCAUCAAAGCAAAAGUUGCUAGAGCAUUCAGCACAAGCAUGGAGAUCAGCAUCAAGGUCGCAGUACAAGACAUGCUCACUGGCACAGAGGAGCUUGUUUGUGUGGCCUUCUGUACAUUUGUAGCCAAGUCAGUUGGAAAUGAAAAGAUUCAUUUAAAACCAGUCACGCUUCUAACUGAACAAGACCAUGUAGAAUAUAAUCUGGCUUCCAAGAGGAGAAAAGUUUGAUUACAACAUGAAGAUACCUUUAAAAACCUGAUGAAAGAAAGUAGCAAGUAUGAUGAUCUCAGUUGUGGCAGAGAGGAAGGAGCAGUCUCCACCAGGGGCACUUUUGUUCAGAGCAUUGAACUUGUCCUCCAAUCCCAUGCAAACCAUCAUGGAAAUACAUUUGGUGGCCAGAUUAUGGCUUGGAUGGAAACGGUGGCUACUAUUUCUGCAAGCCAUCUCUGUCAAGCUCUGAAGUCUGUGGACAUGUUUAAGUUCCAAGGACCAUCCACCAUCGGAGAUCACCUCGUCUUCAAUGCCAUUGUCAACAAUACAUUUCAGACCUGUGUCAAAGUGGGAGUGACUGUGGAGGCCUCUGACUGCCAGGAGUGGUCUGAGGGCUGGGGCCCUCACAUCAACAGUGCUUUUCUCAUUUAUAAUGCUGUGGAUGAUAGAGAAAAACCAGUCACAUUUCCCAGAAUCAAACCAGUGUCAAAGGAUGAUUUCAGAUGGUAUCAUGGAGCUAUUGCACGCAAGAGAAGUCGCCUAGGCAGAAAGUAUGUUAUUUCCCACAAUGAAGAGGUUCCACUCUGCGUACCCUGGGACAUUAGCAACCAGGAAUCCUUGAGUAAUGGCAACGUGGAGGAUUUCAAAAAACUGGUGGCCAAAAGUGGCCGGGAGGUUACCAGUGCUCUGGAAAAGAUAAAUAUACAUACUCUGGAAGAACAUGAUAUUUUGUCAGUUUGGGUUGAAAAGCAAGAAGAAAAACCAGCACACUUGGCUUGUCAUCUCUUGUCUGACUUUACCAAGAGAACUUUGUGGGACCCCCAUUAUGUGUCCUGUAAAGUCAUGGAUUGGGUGAGUGAAGACGAUCAGAUAUAUUACAUUACUUGUCCUACAGUGAAUGGUGACAAACCUAAAGACUUGGUUGUACUUGUAUCACGAAUAAGGCCUCUGAAAGAUAGUAACACUUACAUGGUGGCAGUGAAGUCCGUCGUCCUGCCAUCCGUCCCACCCUCUCCGCAGUACAUCAGAAGUGAAAUCACAUGUGCCGGGUUUCUCAUCCAUGCUACUGACAGCAGUUCCUGCACUGUAUCUGAUUUUAACCAGAUUUCUGCUAGCAUCUUGCCUUACUUUGCUGGAAAUCUUGGUGGCUGGUCAAAAUCCAUUGAAGAGACAGCAGUUUCCUGCAUACGAUUCAUAGAGAAUGCUGCUGCUGAUGGGUCAGUAAGCAUAUUUUAA